UCAGUCGACCGUGUUCAUUAUUCUGUCUCGUUUUAUUCCACCAGUGUUCCCCCGAGUGUUUUCACCCCUUCAAAUUUCUCUAUCCACCCCCAAAAAUAAUACCCGUCCGAUCCGUCUAAUUAAAUCGAAGAGCCCCGAGUGAUGACUACAACUCCAUAAAUACCUAUUACCCCGGGAAAAUUCUAGCUGUCAGAUAAGCCGGCGCCUCCCGGGAAAACAUUUCCAAACAUCGCGGGAGGAAAAAAAAACAUUUAUUCGUGCAGUUCCGCAUCAGCCGAAGCGAAUGGAACACACCCCCAUUUCCGAGAAGACGCGCUCAAACGGUCAAGAGUAACAUAACCCCCGAUGGACUCGGCGUACCUCGAGGCGAUCCAGGGGAUUCCCGGAUCGACGCCAGGCGAAAAGUACAAGGCGCUGAACGCCGCCGCGGCCGCGGUAAUAUCUUCAAAAUCAAAGAACCCCGACGUCAAUCCCCUCCGCGAGAUCAAAUCCCUCGGCAUCCCCGAGCCCCUGAUACCCCUGGUGCAUGCUGAAGUGUCGAAAAACCUUCGCGACCCGGUGGGAAUAAUCGAGGCGCUGAAAUCGGAGGACGAGAUUGUCUUUGAUCGUGCACUCAAGGCCAAGUGGUUCUUUGACGGCAGCAAUCCCCAAAUUACUAAUGCGCAAUACUACGAGGAUCACAUCUUCCCCGACGUGUCAUUGGACCACCGCGAGGCCCUCGUGAAGAAAUUAUCCGCGUCUUUAUCGUCCCAAAACGCGGAUAAAUCGAUAGCGGAGGGUUUUUACGCCGAAUUGGCAGCAAAAUACGGUGGAAAAUUGGCGGAGUCACUGCUGAUCGCCUGCAGCGAGGAAUUCAUUAAAAAGCUCAUCAUCGAGGAGCGGAAAAUCGGCCUCAAUACCCGCCUGAUGAAAAUUAUUUAUCGCAGCUAUCCAAAUGUCAUAAUCGAUUACCUGAAAUUGAGCAACCGCGAUGACCCUCGCGAGCGCAAUUUUGCGGUGGUAAAUAUUUCUGAUUAUACGGAUUUUUUGCCGAUACUGUUGAAGAGAAAUAUCAACAGUUUUAUCGAGGUAAUUGAGAUGCACGAGCGCUCGCUGGGGAUUAAAUUAAGCCGGAAACGAACCGAGUUAUUUAUGAAACAGGGGAUUGAUGCUGUCGUCCGCAGCCCCAGGGCCUUUCUACCGAUGAUGCCGUUGAAGGUCACUGGAAAGUUGUCAAAAGGUCAAUUCAAGUCGAUGUUCAGGAAUAUCUUUCCGGAGAAGAGGGAGCAGUUCAAGUUCGAGGAGAUUUUCGGGUAUUUAGAGUACUAUCAGGAGGAGAAGCUGGAGCUGUUGCUGUCGACUUUCGAAGAGGUUUACGGGGUGAAGUUGUUGGAUUGCGAGGGCCAGGUGACCCCGGAGGUCCUGAGGGCCCUUCCUGCGGAGGAGAGAGUGAGACAGGCGAGGAAGAAGCUGGAGAGGGACCAGGACUGGCACCUGGGGGGCAGCUGGGAGUUCAAGAUGUCGUGGAGGUGCUAUCUCUCGACUGAGGAGUCAAUUCCGAUGAUCAAGGAACAGAUCAGGAAGAGCUCGGACGUCAACGACAGGAGGGAUUUGCUGGAGCUGAUGAUUUUCACUUGCGCUGUCAACGGGGAUGAGGUGGCACUGCUGGAGGUCCUCAAGUACAUCAACGUGAGGCACAAGAACGAGCAGGGGUGGCUCCUGUUGGAGGUCCUGGGGGGAUUGCUGGAGUAUUUCCAGGCGCAGAACCUCAGCGCCGAGCACUGGGAGGUCCUGGAUGAUCUCAUUCGUCUGCUGGACGUUAAGAAUGAACUCCAGAGCAGAUCUGGUCAAGCACAGCAAGUUAUCACCGCUGGUAUCCACUUCAAUCUCAUCAAUAAGCUGCCGAUCGAUCGUAAAAUUAAUCUUCUCAUCGAACUCUACAGCAAAACUUGGGGUGGUAAGUGGAAUAUUUUGACUGAUUAUCCUGAUUAUGAGCGAAAGUGUUUGGAGAGUUUUCUGGAAAUUAUUGAACAGAGGUAUCCCGAGAACCAUGAGAUCUGGAAAGAGUCGUGGCCGGCCGCGGUGAUUGAUCUCGUGCAGGCGAUCUACAAUUUCAACGAGAGAAACUCGAAAAAUCCGACGUCUAAACUAGAGAAUUUCUCGUUGAAGGGUUUUCUCUGGUUAUUGGAGGCUGUCAAGAAAAUCCUUAACGAUAAAGAUGAGGAGAAGUGGACCAAAUCGAGGCUGUCGGAAAUCCUGAAGAAAGGAGAGAAGGAUCUGUGGGAAGCCUUAGUUCCAGGUAAACCAGAAGGGCCUGUAAUCAAUUUUCAGACGACAGAGGUUCUCUGUCUUCUCAAGAAAAAUCCAAAGGAGAUCCUGGAAAAUUGGGAGAAAUAUCUCGAGGGACUGAGAGAGAACAUCUACGGGAGACUUGCUCAGAGGUUCGUGAAGUCGUGUCGCUGGCACCAGGAAUUGCCGAUCAAGUUUUCACAGAAAGCUGUGAGCAAUCUCACGACCAACAAGGAUGCUUGGAGCUUGGUCGUCCUGGCUCUACUGUACGACGGAAGCGCCUUCGAGCGGGUGAUCACACCGUUCGUACCGAAAACCCCGGGACUUAAUCCAAAUGACGACAACGCUAAGACCAAUUUCGUCCUGACCUUCACGAUUCCCAAGUCACUGAACCUGGUGAUUCCACCGGUCUCUCCGGAUCUCGUCCUGGAGUUCUGCGUCGGGGAUUACAUCCACACGGCUGUUAACUGCCUGACGAACAUCGGUCGAAGGGUUUCAGCUGACAAAGUCAUUCCUUUCGCGAUUAAAUUAAUGGACAGGGGUGUGUCAAUCAAGAAACACGGCAUCAGGCUGUUCACUCGUGUGGCGAGGAACGAUGCAAUUAGAGUUUUAUUGACAAAUUUACUGAGGAAUGAAAAGCAUCGAUCGAUCCGGGCUAUUGUGUUUGAUAAGAUAAUGCAGAUGUUCAGGGAGGAGCCGAGCCGAGAGACAUGGCCGAUCAUGCGUGAGGCUAUUCAGGAUCUGCGGCCCGAUGACGACGCAAUUAUGGCCAUGACCAACAUCAGCAGGAUUCCUGAUGAGUUCGUUGUCGAUUACGUGAGAAUGCUGCUCGCCGCGAUCAGGCGGCUUGAGGGAGUGGAGAACGGACUUGACAGGAAGCAAGCUUUGGCCAGAUUCAGCCAACUCAUAAAUUCAGCUAUCAGCGUUGCUUAUGUCUUCCCAGAAGAGCUGCACGAAUUCAUCCUGAAGGAGUACUUUGCUGAUUUAUCGCAACCUGAUUAUGCUUUCUCACCCGCAAUGAGGUAUUACGUCGUUCGGGGGUAUCUGAUGAGGGCUGAGGAGAAGUUGGAGCAUCGUCUCCAGCAUCUCACAGGUUUGUUGACUGAGAUUAUUAAAAAGUACUGGGAUGUCGAGGGGGAGAAGGCGGGAUUGUUACUCGGGAAUCAUGUGGUUUAUAAGUUUACUCAAGAGGUCAUUGAGCAGCAGUUCUCCUCACCAAUUACUAAGGCCAUUGUGCAGGCGCUAUUCAAAAGCUUCUUUUCAAUUCUGAAACCCCCGCACGCGCCGACUUCCUAUUUAUAUCUCACCUACGCGGCUUCGUUCGAGGUCGCGAUAGCGCCGAAAGAUUUGGCGGGAAAAAUCGCGCAACUUUUGCCGACUAUCAUUGCUGCCCUCUCCAGGGAGUCACUAGCCCUCGUUGCUAAGGUUUUGCACGAGUUCUUGGACGCGAGGAUAUCGCGGGAUGAGUGGGGACACUCGGAGUUGGAGUUUGUGGAGAGCCUUCUCGAGUUUCAGAACGAGGAUUCCACUAUUUUGGCAUCGAUGAUGCUGAACUGUAGUUUUAAAAUUACGGAUGAGCCGCGCUUCUGGAGAAUUGUGAGGGGGUUGCGGAAACAUCAGCAUCCGGCUGUCGUUGCGAAUGUCUAUGUGUGUGUUAACCAGUUAGAGGGCAAGUGAUGGGGCAUGGGAGUUUCUAUUUUUUUUAUGCAGUGGGAAAUGUUGGAGUGAGCUAUUUUUUCAACUUCGAGAGUAGUUUUAUGCGAAUGUAAAGGUUUUUUUUUUUUCAAUAAUAAAUAUUGUAUUUUGCUGCAUUUCGAUGUUUUCGAAAGUGUCAGUUGUGUAUUUUUGAAAUUAUGCACAGAGGGAGUUAUUAAUGUGCGAGUAUGAAGAUUGAUUUUUGAUAAAUAAUAUUGUAUUUUCCAUUCUAAAGAGAUUCUGCGAUCAAAUCUACUAGAACCAUCUAGAUUUAUGCGACUCGAUUAUAGAAUUCUCACGUUAAAGUGCGAAGUUUUUCAUUAUAUUGGAUCUUGUGUUUUGAAUAGAGAAAAGGGAAUUCUAUAUUUCAAUUUCAAGAGUGCGAAGCUAUUCGUGAAGCGGAAUAUUAGCAUGCGAAUAUAAAGAUGUUUAUAUUUUGAUUUUUUCAAAAGCACUAGUUGUGUAUUUUUGAAAUUAUGCACAGAGAUAAUUAUAAACAUGUGAGUAUGAAGAUUAAUUUUUGAUAAUAUUGUAUUUUGGAUAUUAAGAGGUGAAUUUUGCAGCCGCAUUUUGCAGAUUUCGAAAGCGCCAGCUUUGUAUUUUUGAAGUGAUGCACAGAUGAAGAUAUGAAGAUUGAUUUUUGAUAAUAAAUAUUGUAUUUUGCAUUCUGCGAUCAA